ACUGAAAGCCUUUAGUUCAUUCAUUAGUUAUUGAAAUAUUUGCAAAAUGCAUGGAUCGAGCUUAAAAUCUCAAGUUAUAGAAAAUUCAAAUCCCUCAAUGUUGUACAGUAAAGAAAUUGGUAGUGCUAAGACUUCGGAUCCGGAUCCGGAACCAAUUGGCGAUUGGUCGAUAAACGCAGAAGACGACGACGCCCAGACACGCUUAGCCCCGCGGCCUCUAAAGCCAAUUGUGAUUGUUGAGCCACGUCUACGUCGAGCUGCAGAAACGACAAAUCUGACGAGCUCGAAUACCGAUUGGUUUAUGCUGCCAACAACGGUUGAUUUCACUAAUGAUAUGAUGCGUUUGGUUAGCAGUCUCUCGUCAGUGGUACAAAUCCUGACCCGCAUGACAAAUGCAGCAGCCCAAGAGCUGCGACUGCAUCCCGAACGUGAGGAAGGUUUCCAGGGACUGCGUACGCUGCUUAACUACGCGGAUCAGAUGUACACCACAUUGCUGCAGCCACAGACUUUUAGCAUGUCGCGACCAGAAUCGCAGAGAAACCAACCUGCCGCUCAGUCGCAUAGUCUAUUUCAUCAUUUAUUCGAACCCAUUCGCAAUGCUGGCAGCAGAGAAGAAGCGCCGUCGCCGUCGCCGUUGGCAGAGAGAUCACGUUCCUCGCGACGCAGACGUCCGUAUAGAGUUGUUGCUGUCACAGCCAGCGAAGCAUCUUUAGAUUUUGACGCAGAUGCCGAUCCGAAUGGGAAUGGUCUCUAAUAUGUACUUUCGAUGAUUGAAUGUCACUCAAUUUGUAAAUUGUUCUUAAAUCGUAAAUUGUAUUGUACUGUAAAUUGUA